AUGUUACCUGUUAGCAAAGGUCCUCAGUCUACUGCAGCACAGAUCACUAAUCUGCAACAUACAGCAGCACAGAUCACUAGUCCUCAACCUACGGCGGCUCCAACCACUAGCACUAAUGAUGUCAAAGAAACUGUUACUUUAACUUGUGAGGGAGAACCAGAGCCAAAAAGGGCGAAACUUGACGCAGAGGAAAGUAAAAGACAGUAUGAAAUGAUUGCUAAAGUUGUGGAGGAUAGCAAUAAACAGCUAGUUUCUGCUAUAGAAACCAACAGUAGAGCAAUCGGAGGGGUUGAUAAAACACUUGGACAGUUUCUAGAGGUAUUGCAGAAGAUGAAUAGGACAAUGGAGAGGAUGGGUGAGGAGCAGAGGCGGGAGCACGAACGUAGAUUGGAGGAGAGUCAGAGGCGAGAGAAAGCGGAAGCAACAAAAAGAAGCGACGAGAGAGACAACAGAAAGGAAACUUCCAAGAAGAAUGAGGGAAAAGAGAACAGAGUGUUAAAAUCCACUGUAAAAAAAGGUGGAAAUCAGUUAACACAGAUAAAAUAUAAGUAA